AGCUACUGUGCAUGCAAAGAUCAUAAGAUGCCAGAAUCCAGAUGUAUGUUAGAUGUUACUGUUGAGUGAUGAACGGUGUGUUGUUUACAAAUCUUAGUGUUUUGUAUACAGAAGUGAACAUAUACGAAGACAAAAAUAGAAAUGCUAGAACUACUACAAUAUGGAAGCAGCGAUGAUGACGAUGCGGGAACAAAGACGGCGAAUGACGACGCAAACAUUCACUUGAAACCUCUGGCUCCAGGGACAUCCAUUAUGAGUUUACAGAACAAAAUGCAAAUUUGCGCUGCUCCCGAUGUUGUUCCCAUGGGCACUGUUGACACCUUAAGGCAUAUUGACUCUACAACGAAAGAAGUAUUGCAUAAUCCAAAAUAUGAAGAACUAUUUGCCCCAGAAGUUGGACCGGAGAAUCCAUUCCAAACAAGACAACAGAAAGCUCAUAAAAACAUGCUGUCUGGAUUUGUUGAACAAGCAUACAUUAGUGAUUUCCAGUUUGAAAAUCAGCGCCGAACCUUCAACAGCUAUGGCUAUGCAUUGGAUCCUACUGUUGAUGGAGUUACUGGAAAUGGAAAUCAGAUUGUUGGUGCCACUGAAGCAGCCAAAGAAUCCGAUGGUAAGACAGUCUUUGAAACCACCAAGGAACGCCCACUUGACAGAAGGAAAAGAAACAAGAAUGACAACCCUUCUGACAUUGAAGGAUUUCUUGGGCCAUGGGGAGGAUAUACUGAUGAGCAGAGGGUAAUGAGACCUAAUGAGGAAGAAGCAGCUGAAUUGGAAGAAAUACUUGCAAAACGGCAGAAGCGAGGGAAGCAAGCAGAUGAGAAGCCCCUUGAGGAGAAAACUGUGUUGCAUAUCAAGGAUCCAGUUGACUAUCAGGGCAGGUCAUUCCUCCAUGCUCCACAGGAUGUUGGUGUUAAUCUUAAAUCAGAUUCGCCUCCUGAUCGUUGCUUCUUGCCAAAGACUCACAUUCACACAUGGCAAGGACAUACCAAAGGAAUUUCUGCAAUACGUUGGUUUCCAAAAACAGCUCAUCUUUUACUUUCAUGCAGCAUGGAUUGCAGGGUCAAAUUGUGGGAAGUUUAUCAUGAGAGACGAUGUGUUCGAACAUAUUAUGGUCAUCGACAGGCUGUGAGAGAUGUUAGCUUCAAUAAUGAUGGAACACAGUUUCUUUCGGCAGCAUAUGAUCGCUACAUUAAACUGUGGGAUACGGAAUCAGGAAAAUGUAUAUCUCGUUUUACGAGUCGGAAAAUUCCAUAUUGCGCAAAGUUCAACCCAGAUGAUGAUAAACAACAUCUCUUCGUUGCUGGCACUUCUGACAAGAAGAUCAUUUGUUGGGAUAUUCGUUCAGGUGAAAUAGUUCAAGAAUAUGACAGGCAUCUGGGUGCUGUAAAUACUAUAACAUUUGUCGAUGAGAAUCGACGAUUUGUUACGACAUCUGAUGACAAAAGUUUGAGAGUGUGGGAGUGGGAUAUCCCAGUUGACAUGAAGUAUAUUGCUGAUCCCACAAUGCAUUCCAUGCCUGCUGUCACACCAUCACCCAACCAAAAGUGGUUGGCCUGUCAGAGUAUGGACAACAAAAUUGUAAUAUUCUCAUCACUGAACCGUUUCAAGAUGAACAGGAAAAAGACAUUCAGUGGUCAUAUGGUUGCUGGUUAUGCAUGCACUUUGGACUUCUCUCCAGAUAUGAGUUAUCUCAUAUCUGGCGAUGCUGAUGGUAAAUGCUAUGUAUGGGACUGGAAAACAACUAAACUGUACAAGAAGUGGAAGGCUCAUGACAAUGUUUGCAUUGGUGUUCUGUGGCACCCACAUGAGGCAAGCAAAGUUGUGACUGCUGGCUGGGAUGGACUUAUGAAGUAUUGGGACUAAACUGCCUCAUAUUAUUUGUUGAGUGCAGCGUUAAAUAAUGUGAUUCAAGAGAGGCAAAAAAAACUCAGCAUGAGAUACAGUUAUCCCUUUUCUUUUCCUUUUUGAAAGACUUUUGUAUAAGAGUGAUCUGUGUCAUAUCAUUGACACUGUAGUUGCCCAUAUCUGUCAAGUUGAUGUUACAUCAAGAAAAAAAUACAAAUAAGACUUAGACAUAAUGGUCUUUUGAAGCAUUGCUAUAAUGUAAAACUUGCCAGAUAUAACACUCAAUUAAAUUUUAUUCUUAUCUGAACAACUGAUGCUGUGCUGUAUAUCUGAUAAUGUUCAAGAAUUUAUUUAGUAUUAAUAUUUUUGUAAAUAAAUACUGAAAAUCUGUACAAUU